CCUGUGGUCAUAAGUAUCACGUAGAAUGCUUAGAAGAAAUUGGUCAAAAGUGUCCUCCUUGUCUUGAAUUCUUGAAGAAUGGAAUACAAGUAAAUGUGGAUCAGUUACUGGAACAAGUCAUCCAUCAAGAAAAUAUACCAGAAGAGGCUCAAGAAAAUAUAACAGAAGAGUUUAUAAGCGAAACAAAUGAAGAUGACGAUAAUGUUAUUAUUAUUGGUAGUAACGAAGAUACAGUACUCGAUAGUUUGCUGCAAAAGCUCAAAGACGUCCUCACCCACAUACCAUAA